AUGUCGACCAAGAGAAAGCUUGCUGCCAGUGCCGUCAUCACCGCCGGUGGCUCUGCCGUGCUGUGCGGCGCCUUGCGGGCCAUUGUCCUGCUCGAGUUCGCCAAGUCAACCGACUUCACCUGGGCUUUGGGCAAGAUGGUCAUCAUCUCUGCCAUCGAGAUCGACAUGGGCAUCAUCGCCGCCAACAUGCCUGCCAUCAAGGCUUUCUACCGAUGCUGGCGGCAGGGCAAGCUCGGGCCGGGACAAGGCAAGUGCUUGGAGAGCAGCAGCUCGGGCCAAGCCUAUGCCGGAUCUCGUGGUGGGGACCUGGAGCUGUCCAACAACAAGCCACGGUCAAAGGCCAGUGUCGCAGUCAACGCUGGGUCAGGGGGGCUGCAGUGGUCUGAGAGUGAAGAGGAACUCUGCUGGCCCCCCAGGAACAAGCCCAACCAGCCCGAGGACCAGAGGUCAUGUCUCAGUGAAGGGGCCUCGACAUAG